AUGUCAGCUGAUGGCUCGUCCACGUCUACCGGUACGUCCAUUAACCAACUAACGCGCGAUGACAAUCAGAUGGUCGCUGACCCUGGCACGAGCAGCAGGAACAACGUCAACUUAAAUACACCGACGUUUAAUAUCAUCCACCAGCAGAUACCGGGUACCACAACACCUGACAAGAAGUUGUCAGCAACACAGAUUUUGGAGAGGACUUCGCUGAAGAACCGCCGAGACAUGUCAGAGGAGCAGGCAAAGCGGGUGGGUGAUUCUGACAAUGGCAGUGCUGGCGUUGAAUGCACUGACUUUUAUGUGUCCACUCGUUUUGUUUCGUUAAAUGUCACCGCGGGUCUUUCAGUCUUUGGAAGCUUAACAUCCGCCAUUGGUUUUUCACCCGCCCUUCCAAGCAUAAUGUAUCUCCCAUUGCAGGACUCCAACUCUGAGAUCACUGUUGCCGCCAUUAUUCGUGCAACAGUAAGGAAACCAACAUUCUUGGAGCAUUACUUUACCCGAUAA